UUUUUCAGUCUUUUAAUACCCUCCCCCCUUCCUUUUCCCAGAUGAGUGUACACAGGAAGGGUAAAGUGUACUUUCAUUUUCAGUCUUGCACUAUCACGAAUUAGAAGGACCAUGGCUGAAGGAAAAAAGAAAAAUGAUCCAUGGGAUGUGCUUAAGAAUUCAGCCAUGAAAGUACUUAAAGAUUUUUGUGAUGAUUUAAUUGAGCAAGACGUUUUCAAUCAAAAUGAAAUAAAGAAUAUGGGUAAACAAUUAUCAACAGUCAAAGACAAGAGUGAAGACUUGGUUAAGAUUGUCACUCAUAAAGGUAGCCAAAUUGGUGACAUUUUUGUGAAAAGAGUAUUGAUGGCUGCAAAACAACUGCAUUCUGGAACUCAAGCAGCAGAUGAAAACUUGGAGUCAAUAGAAUAUGCAGGGAUGUCCCAGGCAGUGACUUCCCUCUUAUCAGCACCUCUAGCUAUCCAGGCUGCUGAGUCCAGGCUUAACAAGGUCAAACUAAGUCCUACAGAAUUCUACCAAGAACUGAGUGAAGCAAAGAGGGAAAAGAUGUAUUUAGUCAUGGAAAAAGGAUCCCGAACACGCCUGGCCCUCAUCAUAUGUAACACUAAAUUUGACCACCUUCAAGAACUAAAUAAAGCUCAGUUUGACAUUGAGAGAAUGAAGGAUUUACUUCAGAUCCUUGGAUAUAGAGUAGAAGUCAAAAAAGAACUUUCAUCAGUGGACAUGGAGUCAGUGUUGAAGCAGUUUGCUCUCCGCCAAGAACACGAGUCCUCAGAUAGCACCUUCCUUAUAUUCAUGUCUUAUGGUACCACUACUGGCAUUUGUGGAAUAAAACAUAAACAGCUGGAACCGGACAUCCUGGCCAAUGAUACUAUCUUUAAAAUUUUCAACAAUAGUAACUGUUCCAGAUUGAGAAAUAAACCAAAGAUUAUCAUUAUCCAGGAAUGCCAAGAAGGGAUAAUUUCAGAACAAGGUGCAAUGGCAGCUUCUGCAGACAGCUAUAACCAAUCUUCCAGCAGUGACACAGAGGGCUUUUGGAAGGAUGCUGCUAGAAAAGAGCAUGUGGAAAAGGAUUUCAUUUGUUUUCACUCUAUAACUCCAAAUGACAUUUCUUUGGAAGAUAAUCAAGAAGGUUCCCUCUUUGUCACCCUACUCACUGAUUGCUUCCAACAAUAUUCUUGGUGCUGUCAUGUGGAAGAUCUUUUCAAGAAGGUCCAGAAAUCAUUUGCAACAUCACCGGUACCUGUCCCGAUGCCCACCAUUGAAAGGCAAUCCAUGACAAGAUACUUUUACCUUUUCCCAGGAAUUUAAAGCUAUGCAGUAAUACCAGCCAUUUUAAAACAAAGGCCUCUCAGCAAACAAAGACUGGUCCAGAGCUAUGAUUGGUCCUGGUAAUCCUUCUUUCUUUUUCCUUUUUCAGGGCUAAGUAGCCCUGGAACUGUAUUUCCACAUUUUUGCAUAUGCUUCUCCAAAAUCCUAUAAUGGCCUGAGCAAAUAGAAUUCAUUCCUAAAGUUGUAUAUCAAAUUAUACAUCCUCCAAGAAGCUUUCUAUGAUAUUUCAAUACUUUCAUAAAUUUAAGAUCACAUCUUAGUAUGUUACAGUUAAGAUUAUAGUUUAUUCAAGACUUGGCAGACUAUAGCCCAAGAGCCAAGUUCAUCCACUGAGCUAAGAAAGUGUUUUUUUUUUUUAAUAUUUAAAAAUAAAGCUUUAUUUCAUUGAAAAAUAAUAUAUAAAACAUCUUUACUUGAUAUUAUAUACAAAAAGAGGUGGAACAGAUUUGUCCUUCAAACUACAGUUUGUUUAUCCCCAGGCUAUUUUUUUUUUAAUUUCAGUUGUUCUAUUUGAAUAUGCCAUAUGGUUUCUAAUAUUUUGUCAAAUAAUUAAGAAAGGUAUAGUGUCUUUUUUCCUUAUAUUCAUCACAUUUUGAGCUUAGUUAUGGUCACUAGGAUACUCUCAAUUAUUAAUUCUGAAAAUUGAAUGAAAUUAAUCAAUUUGGUUCUGAAGCAAUUACUGACUUUUUUUUGCAAUGUACAGACUAGCCAGGAAACAUUGUACAAAUGGUUAGUGACCUUGUAAAGAUUAAAGCUCAUUUUGAGAGUUUAUUUCAUGCUUUUUAUUUUUACAGGCCAAUUUUAUAUAGAUUUUUUCCUUGACAAUCUAAUGUGUCUCUUCUUGUAAGAAAGAAAAAAAAAUAGUUAUGAUACCAGUGAAUAGAUUUCCCAGGUUAUGUAGCAUUUCAAAUUCAUACCAUUUCUACAAGGAGAUUAUCUAUGUACAUUUGUUUAUCUCUUCUUUGGGGCCAAGAUUGGUCUCUACAAUUACACAACAUUUAACUUGUUCUUAAUAUCCUCUCAUUUACAUUAAUAUAGUUAUUGAGUAUGCUGUUUUCCUGGUUCUUAUUCUUACAAAAUUUUUAUGCUUCUUUGAUUUCAACAUGAACAUUAUCCUAAUUUUUGAAGCUGAAUUUCUAUUUUUCCCAAGGCUGGAAAUGCACUGCUCAUCAGAACAGAAUUUUUGAGCAACUCCAUUUUGAACUUAAGCCAUCAGUAUUUUUUUCUUCUUAGGUAGCCUGGAGGUCUCCUUUUUCCAGGAACUUACCAUAUUGAUGUUUGACUCAUUGCAGAUACCCAAUUACUUUUAGAACUCCUGAAUUCAAAGGAUCCACCAGCCUUUAUCUCAAUAGCAGAUAUUAUUGUCAUCCAUCACUAUACCAAUACAUCAUUUCUGAAUAUAUAACUAUGUAUCCUAUCAAAUUCUAUAACAUAUUCUGUAGUGGAGGUGUAUACCUUCAAACCUUCAGUUUUAAUGUCCAGUUAUAGAGAAUCAGUCUCAGCCUAGAUACCCUUUCAUGCCACAAAAGGCAGGAUCUUUUCCCCAGAAUCCAAAAGAAAAGAGAAAGCAGGUUUUUUUUGAGAAAUAGGAACAAAGGAUAACACAAAGUUAGAUAAAUGUGAAAGAACCUCUUGCUUAUAGGAAAAGGUAUAGAAAAAAAAGACCUGUAUACCCAUCUCUUUCACUUCCUCUGAGUAUGAUUUUUGUUAGUUUGGGAUCUACCUCCACCCAGUGUAGACCAUCACUGUGACAUCUUAGUAGAUGGGCUUCAUGAGUGAAAACAUCACCGUUAGGUGACUGACAUGGUGAGAACAACUCUCCAAAUUUAGAUGGGCCCAUUAAAGGUAAACCCAUAAUACAGAUAUGAGUUUAAAACCAUCCUUCCAUACUUGGUCUCUUCUAGAGCUUAUGAUUUCUUGUUUUAGCCCUCAAAAACUCAGUUAUUACCAUUUCUCAAUAUGGCAUUAGGGCCUAGUGGGGGUAGAUGUAUUAUCCAUUAUAAUAUUUUAUUGGGCUCUAAGGUAUACCCUAUACAGGGGAAUAUGGGGUGUUCAAGUGUCCACACUCACUGAGCCUUUUUCAAUACUAUUUAUCCACCAUUGAUGUCCACUUAUCACCCUGUUCUCACCUAUGACUUUACAAAGUUGUCAUGUACAGUGGCCACACCCUGGUAAAACUAUCUUAGCAGAAAGGCUAAACCAGGGUGAGUGUAAUAAGCAGGCCUCAGACUCUAUAGUAAGUUAGACAGGAUGUCAAACCCAAGCAUUUGAAGACUUCUCCCUGAGGAAUGGUCCAAUAAGAGCAAUUUGUUCCAACAGACAAGAAGGCAACUGACGCAAGCACUAUGCAGCAUUUAGAGCUUGUUUAGACAACAAAGACCCAAAGGUCAUUCACUGCACCCUGAGCUAACACCAGUCAUCCUGUCUGUUGUCUUGCCACUCAAGAAUAAAAUGAGAUUGAUAACUUUG